CUUGAUCCUUCCAACCUGGGAUUACGGUUGAAUUUUCACGAGUAGCACAGUCAUCGUCCAUUGUGUUUGGUACGAAUUUCGAGAUAUCUCGGCGUUGGCUCGGUGGCAAACCAUACGCGUUGUUCUUGGGAAAUAUCCAAACGCCUGUGCUGCUUGACGAGCACCAGAGUCUAACCAACCAAACUCCCAGCACCAGCUCACACAAUCUGAGCAACCUGACGACCUCGAGAUUCGUUCAAUUUGCAGAAUGUCAUCACCAUCGACGAGUGCGGCAGAGGCGCAAUGGCGCGCCCAGUUUGCUGCCAUGAAAUCGGCUCUUGCAGAGCUUAAACUGCCAGCCGCUGAUUCAAACGGAUCAAACUACGAUGCUGACUUUGACCUGGAAGAUGAGGCAUUCACUUCUGGCAACAGCGGUGAUGAUCUCUGGGAUUUCAUCUCUGAUGCCGAAGAGGAUCUUUACAGCAGCGACUUCCUUGAAGACACCAACGGUCAAGACGGGGAUCCUGGGCAUGGUGUUACAUGGUUUCUCCAGCGUUGCUCUGACAUUUCCUCCCGAAAGGAUGGGCUCUCUUCAGAUGCCUUCCAGUCCCAAAUUUUGGAGAUUCUGGGUUCAGCAAAGCCCGAGAACGAGGUACAGUCCCUGCUCGUUGACCUCGUUGGGUAUUAUGAACUCGACUUUGUCAGCGAGAUCCUAUCUCACAAGACUGAGAUUACGUCGAGCUUUGCCGCUCAAAGUGAUCCUCAACCAUCAGGCAACCGCCUUCUUACGAAGGCCGAGAGAGAGGAGGCAUUACGCCGAAAGGACCUGGAACACAAGAACGCGGCUUUGGCUCCAACCAUGCACAAAGAAGUACAGUAUCCCCACGUUUACAGAGCACAUACUGCUGGCAAUACCUUGAGCCACUCGGGCAAAAGGUACACCCUUCCUGCUGAAAGCGAAAGAAAGCUCCUUGAGAAAUAUGAGGAGUAUACCAUCCCUGCCGGGAAGACCGGAACACUAGGGGCUGGCAGAAGGCUUUUGCCGGUAGCUGAGAUGGACGGACUGUGCCGCAGAACGUUCAAGGGUUACAAGGCCCUGAAUCGAAUGCAAAGCUUGGUAUACCCGGUAGCAUACAAGACGAGCGAGAACAUGCUCAUCUGCGCGCCAACUGGUGCCGGAAAAACAGAUGCUGCCAUGUUGACAAUCCUACAAACCAUCGGCCAGUACAUCACGCCAAACCCGGUUGAGAACAUAGAAGCGUCGGAUUUUGCUGUCGAUGCUGACGAUUUCAAGAUUGUCUACGUUGCGCCUAUGAAGGCGCUCGCCGCGGAAAUUACUGACAAGCUUGGGAAGCGCCUCGCAUGGCUCGGUAUACGUGUUCGAGAGUAUACCGGAGAUAUGCAUCUCACGAAGUCCGAAAUUGUCCAGACACAGAUUAUCGUGACAACCCCUGAAAAGUGGGACGUUGUUACGAGGAAAGGCACGGGUGAUACCGAGCUGGUGCAGAAAGUUCGGCUGCUCAUCAUCGACGAGGUGCAUAUGCUUCAUGACGAACGAGGUGCUGUUCUCGAGUCACUGGUGGCCAGAACGGAAAGGCAAGUGGAGAGCACUCAGUCGCUUAUCCGUAUUGUUGGAUUGAGCGCUACGCUCCCCAACUUCAUCGACGUUGCCGAUUUUCUCAAAGUCAAUCGAAAUGCUGGACUCUUCUACUUCGAUGCUUCAUUCCGUCCAGUUCCCCUAGAGCAACACUUCAUCGGCGUGAAAGGGAAAGCUGGAUCUAAGCAAUCCAGAGAGAAUCUCGAUCAAGUCGCAUUUGACAAAGUUCGCGAAAUGUUGGAGCAGGAUCACCAGAUCAUGGUCUUCGUUCACUCCAGGCGAGACACGAUGCAGACAGCCAAGAUGCUGUAUGAGAAAGCCGUCGACCAAGUCUGCGUGGAUCUCUUUGACCCCCAGAGCCAUCCCAAGUACGACCAAGCUGUCAGAGACAUGAAGUCCUGUCGAGCUCGUGAACUCAGAGAUCUCUUGCCCAAGGGCUUAGGUAUUCACCAUGCCGGUAUGACACGGUCUGACAGAAACAUUAUGGAGAGACUCUUUGGCGAAGGCGUCAUUAAGGUGCUCUGCUGUACUGCAACCCUCGCUUGGGGUGUAAACUUGCCCGCAGCUGCGGUCGUUAUCAAAGGCACUCAAGUCUACAGCGCCCAGGAUGGCAAAUUUAUCGAUCUUGGUAUUCUGGACGUGCUGCAGAUUUUUGGUCGCGCUGGUCGCCCUCAGUUUGAGGAUGUAGGUAUUGGCAUGAUCUGCACGACCGCGGACAAGCUGCCACACUACCUUACGGCGGUCACGGAACAACAACCUAUUGAGUCCAAGUUCUCUUCCAAACUGGUAGACAACCUCAACGCCGAAAUCGCACUAGGAACCGUCACCUCUAUACCUGAGGCGGUGCAGUGGAUUGGAUAUUCCUUCUUGUUCGUCCGAAUGCAGCGAAGCCCCAUGACGUACGGCAUUGAAUGGGCCGAGAUCAGAGACGAUCCAACUCUCGUCCAGAGACGUCGGCAACUAGCCAUUCAGGCAGCUAGAACUCUACAACAGAGCCAGAUGAUCAUCUUCAAUGAGACUACAGAGGAUCUACGAAGCAAGGACAUUGGUCGUAUCGCAAGCCAAUAUUAUAUCCUGCAAACAAGCGUUCAGAUUUUCAACUCCAUGAUGGCGCCUCAGGCUACCGAAGCUGAUAUCCUGAAGAUGAUAAGCAUGAGUGGAGAAUUCGACAACGUCCACUCCAGGGACAGUGAAGCCGACGAACUCCUACGGUUGAAAGAUACAGUUGCCCCUUGCAACGUGGCUGGAGGCAUCGAUACCCCUCAAGCCAAAACUAACAUUCUGCUACAGUCUUUCAUCUCCCGCGCGCAGCCCGAAGACUUUGCUCUGUCCAAUGAUCUCAACUAUGUCGCACAACAGUCGGGGAGGAUUUGCCGAGCGAUGUUCAUGAUGGCUCUUAACCGCCGCUGGGGCCACCAGUGUCUGGUUCUUCUGACAAUGGCCAAGUCAAUCGAGAAACGCAUCUGGCCGUUUCAACACCCGCUUUACCAGUUUGAUCUUCCCAAAUCUGUCAUGAACCAACUCGAUGCCAAAGAUAAUCUCAGCAUCGAGACGAUGCGCGACAUGGAACCGGCGGAAAUAGGGGGACUGGUGCAUAACCAGAACGCCGGCAAGAAAAUAGCCGGUAUCUUAAACAACUUUCCCACGGUCACGGUGGAUGCGGAGAUUGCACCACUCAAUCGUGAUGUCUUGCGCAUCAAGCUGUUCAUCACCCCCGACUUCAAAUGGAACGACCACAUUCAUGGAACAUCCGAGUCAUUCUAUAUUUGGGUUGAGAACUCAGAAACUUCCGAGAUUUAUCAUCACGAGUAUUUCAUGCUUAACAGGAGAAAGCUCUAUGAUGAUCAUGAACUCAACUUCACCAUACCCCUCUCAGAUCCAUUGCCCACUCAGAUCUAUGUGCGAGCAAUCUCAGACAAAUGGCUAGGGGCCGAAACCGUUACGCCUGUCUCUUUCCAGCAUCUCAUCCGUCCUGAUACGGAGAGCGUAUACACAGAUCUGCUCAAUUUACAGCCAUUGCCCAUUUCGGCCCUCAAGAAUACUGCUUUGGAGGAUAUCUAUGCCCAACGAUUCCAAUUCUUCAACCCCAUGCAGACGCAAAUCUUCCACACGCUUUACCACACCCCAGCAAAUGUUCUUCUUGGAUCUCCGACCGGCAGUGGGAAAACGGUUGCUGCAGAACUCGCCAUGUGGUGGGCGUUCCGAGAGAAACCAGGCUCGAAGGUCGUGUACAUCGCGCCGAUGAAAGCGCUUGUGCGGGAACGAGUCAAGGACUGGGGAGUUCGACUUGCGCGGCCAUUGGGGUUGAAGCUCGUCGAGUUGACAGGUGACAACACCCCAGACACAAGGACGAUCAAAGAUGCGGACAUCAUCAUUACAACUCCGGAGAAAUGGGACGGUAUCUCUCGUAGUUGGCAAACGAGAGGAUACGUUCGCCAGGUCGCUCUUGUGAUCAUUGAUGAAAUCCAUCUGCUCGCUGGAGAUAGAGGUCCGAUUCUCGAAAUCAUCGUGUCACGUAUGAACUACAUCGCUGAAAUGACCAAAAGUACCAUCCGGCUCUUGGGCAUGUCCACUGCCUGCGCCAAUGCCACGGAUCUUGGCAAUUGGCUUGGAGUCAAGGAAGGACUAUUUAACUUCCGACACUCUGUACGGCCGGUUCCGUUAGAGCUGUACAUAGACGGAUUUCCAGAGGUUCGUGGCUUCUGCCCGUUGAUGCAGUCAAUGAAUCGGCCGACUUUCAUGGCAGUCAAGACGCACAGUCCAGACAAGCCAGUCAUCGUAUUCGUUCCAUCGCGACGACAGACUCGACUGACAGCCAAGGACUUAAUCAACCUUUGUGGAAUGGAGGACAACCCUCGUCGGUUCCUCAGCAUGGACGAAGAAGACCUCCAACUCAACCUUACUAGGAUUAAAGAUGAAGCAUUGAAGGAGGCCAUCAGCCUCGGUAUUGGACUGCAUCAUGCCGGUCUCGUUGAGUCUGAUCGGCAGCUGUCCGAAGAACUCUUCUUGAACAACAAGAUCCAAAUCCUCGUUGCUACGAGUACCCUCGCUUGGGGUGUCAACCUGCCAGCACAUCUUGUUGUUGUCAAAGGCACGCAGUACUAUGAUGCCAAGAUCGAAGGCUAUAAAGACAUGGAUCUGACGGAUGUACUGCAAAUGCUGGGUCGGGCUGGUCGUCCUCAGUUCGAUAACUCGGGGGUGGCUCGAAUCUUCACUCAGGAUGCGAAGAAGGAUUUCUACAAGCACUUCCUCCACACUGGCUUCCCUGUCGAGUCCUCGUUGCACACUGUCCUGGAUAACCACUUGUGUGCCGAAGUUUCAGCCGAGACCAUCGUCACCAAGCAAGACGCUCUGGACUACUUGACCUGGACGUUCUUCUUCCGCCGACUUCAAAAGAACCCUUCGUACUACGGUCUGGAGAUAUCUGCCAAGGAGCACAACACGAUCGCGGCCCAGCAGACGGCCAAUACUUAUAUGGUCGACAUGGUGAACAAGUCACUUGAUGAGCUUGCGGCUUCAAAGUGUGUGGAUGUGUAUCCAAAUGGCGACGUGGAUCCCACACCACUAGGAAAGAUCAUGAGUUACUACUACCUUUCGCACAAGACCAUUCGCCAUCUCGUCAAGCAUGCCAAGCCCAAAGCCGCCUUUUCCGACGUUCUGGCUUGGAUGUCUAGCGCGGCCGAAUAUGACGAGCUUCCGGUUCGCCACAACGAAGACCUCAUUAACGAGGAACUGUCCCGCAACCUGCCCUUCUCAGGCAACUCGUUUGGCCUACCCAUGUGGGAUCCACAUGUGAAGGCCUUCCUACUACUGCAAGCACACAUGGCUCGCAUCGAUCUCCCCAUCGCGGAUUACGUCGGUGACCAGACGAGCGUGCUUGACCAAGCAAUUCGUAUCAUCCAAGCCUCGAUCGACGUCCUGACGGAGCUUGGCUACCUUUCCAGCUGCCUGCAGAUGAUUAAGCUUCUCCAGUGCGUCAAGUCUGGCCGAUGGCCUCAAGACCCUCCUUUGUCAAUCCUGCCUGGUGUCCACCUAGAAACCCUUGAGGAUACGACACCGCUGCAGAAACUGAGCACCCUCCAACGGCCCCAAGUGGAACAGCUAGCCAAGAAACUCAACGUUCUCGCCUCUCAGCAAGGCCGUUUUGCUCGCGCCGCCUCGAUCAUCCCCAACGUUAACGUGCGCACCGAAGACGUGACGGGGUUUUCACUCACCGUGUCCCUCAAGCGCCGCAAUCCCAUCGUAGAGCGCGAGGCACGCAUAUACGCACCCAAGUACCCAAAGCCGCAGAGCGAAGGCUGGUUCGCCAUCAUCUGCGAUGUGGCAAAGGAUGAGGUUAUUGCAGUCAAACGCAUGGGGUGGAGUCAGGGUCCGGGCCAGUCUGUUGGUGUGGGAUCGAGACCAUCUGCAAAGGUCUUGCUUAAGCUUCCCGAGUCUAGUAGGGGUAGCAAGGUCGAUGUACUAGUUGUGAGUGAUGCGUAUAUCGGAUUUGAGUGUAGGGUUAUGGGCGUGGAGAUCCCGGGUUUGCCGAUGGUGGAUGAUGAUUUGGACAAGUCGAGGAAGGGAAAUCUUGGAGGGAGUGCAGCGCAGGCUGGAAGUUCGAGUGCUGCAUGAGAUGGUAGCUUAGGAAACAUGUCUAGAAACUGUCUCCUGUCGGCAGAUUUCCUUCUGGUACAGGCAUAUAUAUACAAGACUGUCUGUGUAUGUAGUCCGCGGAACGAGACGUAUAUUCGUCAUAAGCUGUCUUCAGAAGUUCCGUGCUUUAGUCUCUCGAGGAUCAUCCGUGAGAGGAUAUCUACCAAGAUACCACUAACU